AUGAACUACAAUUUAUUGAGACUAAUCAAUUAAUUAAAUUUUUAUUUAAAAAAAAAAGCCAAAGAAGAAUCGUUUUCCAAUUGUGGUAUUCGGAAGUAACGAACGAAGCAAAAAUACUCACGUCUGAGAAAACUAUAGAGAAAAACUAAGGAAAUGAUAAGAAGUAUCAGACUAUCUUCAUAUUAUAAAUAAAAAAGAACGAUGAUCGCGAUUUUAUUAAAAAAAUAGCAAAUUGUUAGAGUUGCUGUCCUUGCUCGAUUACAAAGUAAGUUGACAGGACUUGAGAAUAAAUUUUUACUCAUAUUAAUAAUUAUGAAAUACACUUUCUGUAGACACAGCUGUACUUUUUGACAAAAUCGAAUUAGAGUUCCAAGGUACUGGCGGUUGGCCCAGUUUAUUUGCAGCGAGUAUGGUUACAACUCGGGUUUUGAAUCGGUCUGUUUGAUGUUCAUCCAACAUACAUGAAUUCGUACCCAAACGGACAACGCGGUUUCGGUUACAGUAGUUCCUUAAGUGGUAGUAACGUCAGCGCAAGUAGGGGUGGUGCCAGUGCCAGUGCCAGAGCUGGGACAAAUGCCAGUGCCACAAGUGCCAGUUUUAAUCCGAGAAAUACUAUAACGAAGGAACAAAAAGGAGAUAAGCCAUGCAAGUCGCGUCUGAUCCCGGGCCAGUCUGUGGUGUGCGUGUGCAAUGUCACCUACUGCGAUGAGCUGGUCAGGGUGGCGCCGGCGCAGGGCAAGUACGUCACCUACACGUCGUCAGAGGCUGGCUCCAGAUUUAAGAGAACGAUUCGUGACCUUCGGGCUAAGGAUCUUUAUGAAAGCAAUGUUGCGGACUUGGUCCUCGACGUCAGCCACAAGUAUCAGAAAGUGGAAGGGUUCGGAGGUGCAGUCACAGACGCUGCCUCCAUCAAUUGGAUGAACCUCACCAACAUCAGACUAAAGAAUGCACUUAUUAACUCUUACUACAGCAAGUUGGGGUUGGAGUAUAACAUGUUGCGCGUGCCUAUCGGAGGAUGCGACUUCUCCACGCAUCCUUACGCUUACAACGAGCACCCGAGCGACGACUUGACUCUCAGCAACUUCACUCUAGCGCAUGAAGAUUAUUAUUACAAGAUCCCCAUGAUCAAAGCGAUAAUGGCUGCCUCCAUGGCACCCGUGCACGUGGUAGCCACCACCUGGUCACCCCCCCUCUGGAUGAAAACAGCCCCGGUGUGGGGACAACUGAACGAACUGCAACCCAAGUAUUACCAGACAUACGCUGACUACCAUAUCAAAUUCAUGGAGGAGUACAAAGCUCACGGAAUACCGAUUUGGGGUAUUACCACAACAAACGAACCAAUCAACGGCAUGAUAGAGUUUGCCGAAUUCAAUAGCCUCGGCUGGUCUCCUAUAAAGCAGGGAAAAUGGAUAGCGGAAAACUUGGGUCCUACAGUCAGGAACUCUUCUUUCCGCGACAUAAAGAUUCUUGCACUCGAUGAUCAGAGGUCCACUUUGCCGGCUUGGUUUAAUGUGAUGCUUUUGUUUGAACCAAAGGCGCUCCAGUACAUCGAUGGUGUGGCACUUCACUUUUAUUUCGAUAAAAUUAUCCCACCGAAGAUACUAUCACUAGUAUAUGAUAAUUACCCGGACAAGUUUUUGAUUUCAACCGAGGCCUGUGAAGGUGUGUCUGAGAAAGAAAAUGUUUUGCUUGGUUCUUGGGAUAGAGCUAAGAGUUACAUUAUAGACAUUAUGGAAGAUCUUAAUCACAACGUGGUCGGCUGGAUAGACUGGAACCUCUGCCUCAACGCUCAAGGAGGUCCGAACUGGGUGGGCAACUUCGUGGACUCUCCGAUCAUAGUCUUCCCCGAGAACAAGGAGUUUGUUAAGCAGCCGAUGUACUAUGCCCUCGCGCACUUCUCGAAGUUUCUACCAAGGGGCUCACAGAGAAUCAAAGUCACACAGAGGACACCACCUCGAUCGUCGCCAGUGGAUAAUGUGGCAUUUUUGACUCCACGAGACACUGUGGUUGUAAUUCUGUACAAUGACGGCGGACCGAGGAAUGUGUCGGUACAACUUGGUGGUGCGAAGGCAGUGGUGUCGUUAGAAGCUAGAUCUGUAGUCACCGUCGAGAUGCCUCGCAAAUAAAAUCGACUGAAACUUUUAUACAACGAUAUUAAAUACCCUGGAUACACCCAGAGCGCUCAAAAUGUCUCCCAAUCAAGUCAAUCAAGUGCGUUGUAAAAUUUUAAGAGCUUGCAUUUCGAACUGUCAUAGUCUUUGACGCAUGCGUUUUAAUUAGGACCUUGUACGGUAUGCAUUAAAGAUGACUUUCAAUGCUUAAAUUGUUUUUGACCUCUCUAUUAUCUUACGCUGAGCUCCGUGGAUCGUCCAAUGUACC